AUGGUAUUAUUGCCUUGUAAAAGUACCAAUAAAUUACAUGCAAGUGAAAUAGUGUGUGAAGGAUCGAGAUCAGACAUAGAAGGCUACAAAUUCUCAUAUGUACGGUAUAUAUGUGUGAUUAUUGGUUGCGUUCUAACGGCCGGACUUCUACGGUUACUGUUUCACUGGUUUCCUCAUUGGAUGCUUUGGUGUACACACAAAACCUGUGGUCUUAAAGAGGCGGAUAAGGUCAUGAUAAAGGAUAUUUCUGGUAUCUAUAUCCAUAAAGUUCAUUAUCCUACAAAGGAGAAGUCAAGGCCACAGUGUGAUAGUUCAACAACGGACGCUUUUCUUGAGGACCAGAACAAACACCAGUAUAUCAUUCACAAAAAGUUAAAGUAUAUUUGGAACUGUGAGUCCGAAAAAUUUGAGCUAUUAGAAUACUGGGAUAAGCGUCCUUACCAUGAAGUAUUAAAUACACAAGCCUUAAAUGCGGAUCGAAUUAAAACCCGUCGAAGCUUGUAUGGGAUUAAUAAGAUAGAUAUUAGCCUUACACCCAUAAUCAGGCUUGUUUUAAAUGGUACCAACUAUCUGAUCCACAACAAGUCGACUACCAAUUUUUAA